UAGAAAAAAAAAUCACUCGAAGGAGCUGAAGCCAGGGAGAAAAUAAAGAAAGUACAAAGGUCUAAAGGCCCUUUAAGCUAAAUCCUUAAUCAUUUCCCCCUUCACAUACCGCAAAGCUGAAGAGUGAAGAGUUCAUGAAGAUCUUCUCCAUGUUAAUCUUCCUCAUUUCUCUCAUCUUCCCAUUUUUCUUAGCCUCUCAGUCCGCAACAAUCCUGGUGGAUGGUGUUUCAGAGUGGAAAAAUCCCAGUGUUCAUGUAGGAGACUCAAUAAUUUUCAAUCACAAGUAUCAGUACAAGCUCUAUAUUUUCCAGAACAAAAAUGCCUUCAAUCUCUGCAAUUUCACCCAAGCUACACUUCUCACCAAACUCAACUCCACCUCCUAUGCGUGGCACCCUUCUCGCCCUGGUUUCUUCUACUUUACUUUCAACAAUGGCUCUCUCAAAACAUGCCAAGGCUCUCAAAAGCUCUCCAUAAAAGUCACUCCGAUGUUGCCUUCAGAAAAUGCGACCACCCCAUCGCCUGAAAUACCCCCAGCAGCGGCUCCAGCACCAACUUCCGGUGGAUCAGUUGUGUCAUCUUCUCCAGCCUAUCUAUGGCCACUCAGGCCUCGCCAGGCGGUUUCACCAGCACCAAGUGCUAGCUCACCGGUAACAAUACCAACUCUAGUGCCAGAUAAAGGUGGUGGCUUCCCUUUUAUCAACAGUAACCCUGCAGUUCCAUUGCCUACUGGUGAAGUUGAUUCUGCUACUUUUCGCCCUUUGCCCAUCUCUGAUAAUGGAAGACAGGCAGUGAUGGGGUUCCUUCCAGCAACAAUGGCUCUAUUUUCCGUGGCUUUCCUGGCGCUGUAAAAAGAGACUAAAUUUGUUAUAAAUUAAAAAUAUAUUUUGGAAUAGAAUUGAAUUAAGUUGAGUGAUUGGAGGGUAAAGUAGCUUUAAGGUCCAUGAUUAUGGUAAGGUCAUGCAUGCACCCAGACCCUACUUCGGAAUCAUUGCCACUUUUGGUCUUUAGUUUUGCCAUGCAAUCGAUUACUUCUUCUACUUUUACUUUUUCUUAUCUCUUCCUCACAUU